CGCGCUGCGUGUCGGCAGGUGGAGGGAGAAGGGAAAGUUUGGCCCUUGGUGGAUUCGGGUGGAGGGCGGGACUGAGGGGCUGGGCCGAGGAGAACGUUCUGUUGCGGGAGCUGCGGAGGCCGAGGCUGAGACGUGGGCCGGGUCGGGAAGUCCUGGACCUAGCGCAGGAAGCAAGGUCGGCCGGACCUGUGAGCCGCCGCCGCUGUGCCGCACAGUGACCCCGCGCCCCGGCGCCGUCCUACUCGUGGCUGUUCCUCAGGCGGUUGGUGGGGGCUCGGCGGCGGCGGCGGCGGCUCGGCGGUUGGGGGUGGGGAGACUCACGCGAGGAGUCGGGAGGUCAGCGAGUUUGAGGAGGACCGAGAGCCGCUGCUACAGUCAUGUCCGAGGAUUCGAGCGCCCUGCCCUGGUCCAUCAACCGGGACGAUUAUGAGCUGCAGGAGGUGAUCGGGAGUGGAGCAACUGCUGUGGUCCAAGCAGCUUAUUGUGCCCCUAAAAAGGAGAAAGUGGCGAUUAAACGAAUAAAUCUUGAGAAGUGUCAAACUAGCAUGGAUGAACUCCUGAAAGAAAUUCAAGCCAUGAGUCAAUGUCAUCAUCCUAAUAUUGUAUCUUACUACACAUCUUUUGUGGUAAAAGAUGAGCUAUGGCUGGUCAUGAAGCUGCUAAGUGGAGGUUCAGUUCUGGAUAUUAUUAAGUACAUUGUGGCAAAGGGAGAACACAAAAGUGGAGUUCUAGAUGAACCUACCAUUGCUACGAUACUGCGAGAAGUGUUAGAAGGACUGGAAUACCUGCAUAAAAAUGGGCAGAUCCAUAGAGAUGUGAAAGCUGGAAAUAUUCUCCUUGGAGAAGAUGGCUCAGUGCAGAUUGCAGACUUUGGGGUUAGUGCUUUUUUAGCAACUGGUGGUGAUAUUACCCGAAAUAAAGUGAGAAAGACCUUUGUUGGCACGCCUUGCUGGAUGGCACCUGAGGUUAUGGAACAGGUCCGAGGUUAUGAUUUUAAAGCUGAUAUUUGGAGUUUUGGAAUCACUGCAAUUGAACUGGCCACAGGGGCAGCUCCUUAUCAUAAGUAUCCACCAAUGAAGGUUUUAAUGCUGACACUGCAGAAUGAUCCUCCUUCUUUGGAAACUGGUGUUCAAGAUAAAGAAAUGCUUAAAAAAUAUGGAAAGUCAUUUAGAAAAAUGAUUUCAUUGUGCCUUCAAAAGGAUCCAGAAAAAAGACCAACAGCAGCAGAACUGUUAAGGCACAAAUUUUUCCAGAAAGCAAAGAAUAAAGAAUUUCUUCAAGAAAAAAUAUUGCAGAAAGCACCUACCAUUUCUGAAAGAGCUAAAAAGGUGCGGAGAGUACCAGGGUCCAGUGGCCGUCUUCAUAAGACAGAAGAUGGAGGCUGGGAGUGGAGUGAUGAUGAAUUUGAUGAAGAAAGUGAGGAAGGAAAAGCUGCAAUUUCACAACUCAGGUCUCCUCGGGUGAAAGAAUCAUUAUCAAAUUCUGAGCUCUUUUCAACAGCUGAUCCCAUGGGUACUUUGCUCCAGAUUCCAGAACAGAUUUCUGCUCAUCUACCUCAGCCAGCUGGGCAGAUGCCUACACAGCCAACUCAAGUUUCACUCCCACCACCAGCAGAGCCAGCAAAAGCAACUCAGGCUCUGUCUUCAGGAUCAGGUUCACAAGAAACCAAGGUCCCUAUCAGUCUAGUACUAAGAUUAAGGAAUUCCAAAAAAGAACUAAAUGAUAUUCGAUUUGAAUUUACUCCUGGGAGAGAUACAGCAGAAGGUGUCUCUCAGGAACUCAUUUCUGCUGGCCUGGUCGAUGGAAGAGAUUUAGUAAUAGUGGCUGCUAAUUUGCAGAAAAUUGUGGAAGAACCUCAGUCAAAUCGAUCUGUCACUUUCAAGCUGGCAUCUGGUGUUGAAGGCUCGGAUAUUCCUGAUGAUGGCAAACUAAUAGGAUUUGCCCAACUCAGCAUCAGCUAAACCACCGCCCCACAAGAAGUGGCCUAAGGAGAUUCCACACAGCAUAUCUCUGUUGCUUCUAUUGGCCUCAACCCACUACUGCCAAAGAACCUAGCAACAAACCUCCCGUCUAGGAGCUUUAGAGUUCUUUGUUUUUCCUGCCAUCCUUCCCCCUUUUCCCUACAGGGAAAGAACAGUUGGGUCACCCAUGGCCAGCAUCCCCUUAAAGAGUUCCGUUAAUAAAUGCUGCACACGUCCCCUCUCUUCCUCCUUUUGAGAAGUGGCCCAUGUGCCUCGAGGCCAGGAGGGAGAUCUCAGCUUGUUCUUGCCUUACUCCAGUGAUGGCCCAGGUGGAAAAUUGCAGCUCUAUGGACAUCCUCAUCUUGCCUGUUCUCACACCUGCCAUAAUGGGGGCAUCUUGGGUUAUCUCUUUACCACUGAAGUAGCAAUUAAAAGUUGAUUGUUCCGCGGGAGCCCAGAGAAUUUAAUUAGUGUUUUUUCUUUGUCCCUGAUGUGAAUUCUAGCAAGCUUUGUUAGAAAAAAGCACAGCCUCUGAUGGAGGCAGCCUAAACUGUGUUCUUGUUUUGUUCAUAGUAUCUCUUAAGUGUUUUGCUGAAGCUGCUCUCAGGCACCCCGUUCUUCAUUGCUCCCUCCAAAAGGGUUGCUAGCCUUAACUUCAGCUGGUGCAAAACAUCUGACUGUAGUCAAACUUCAGCCAUUGGAUUCUUCAAAGUGGAACUUCGUACUGUUUCUGCAUUACAAGUGCAUUUUCCAUUAUAUCAAAUAAUGGCUUGUGAAAGUAAAUUUUUCCAGAAGUGGUUUUUGAAAACAAAAAUCGGAAUUCAUGAUUGGAAAAGUAUUUAUUUUCAAAUUAAAAUUAAAUUGAAGAAAAACUGCUCCUCGAUCCUCCUAUGAGAAUCAGUUUACCUGGCCUCCAAGUCACAAGGAAGUGAGUGUGCAAGGCUGAGAUUUCUACAGCAAUAAAGGAGACUCACCCUGGGCCAGAGGCCUGCCUUCUGUCCCUCUCCUGCACUGACUCUCUGGAGGGGGUCCCUGUGCGCUGAACCUGACUCUGAUGGAAAGUGAAACCACAUGUGCCGUGACCUUUAGGUUUUAUGAGUAGACAGUGUACAUUUGAUUUUCUACAGAAAUUAUAUAACUUAUUCUUUAGGUUUAAAAAGAGCAUUCAUAAUGCAAUAUGUGAAUAAUCAAUGGGGUUGAUUUUGCUUUUUUGCCUACUGUUUCAUAGUCUUUGCCUAACAACUAAUAACCAAGUUACCAAGUUUUCUAUGUGAAUAGGGUAUUUGAUCUGGCCUUAAAGAGACACACAGAGGUGGGCUUUAGGCCCAUGGAAAGGAGAGAGUUGCCUUUUAUAGAAUCACUUGAGCCCUUUCCAUAUUGUUGAUCUGAAGAAUAAGAUUACUUUAUCUAGUUUUCCUUUGGAAUGUACCUGAUAGUUUUUCCCAUAACUAUUUGUCAUAACUUUUGUCCCAUUCUUUCUGAGCCUGUAGCUUUAGGUGUGGGUGUUCUUUAUCUGCUUGGGUACAGAGGCAUGUUGGGAUAGGGGUGGAUGUUGGGAAGGGAAAGGGGAUGGAUUUGAGAGGAGAUUUGGGAGAGUAGAGUAGAAGAUUAGACACCAAGUCCAAGGUCCUAGCAGGAUUGGUUAAAGAAGGUAGUCUUCUAAGUCAGGAGGGAGAAAAAAGAUUGAUG